AGCGUCCCGCGUAGUGCAGCCCCGGCCGGAGCGGCGAUGCGCCUCAUUCAGAACAUGUGCACCAUCGCCGAGUACCCCGCCCCGGGCAGCGCCGCCGCUGCCGCCGACUGCUGCCUGGGGGCGGCCGGCCGCCGCCUGGUCAAGAUCGCCGUGGUGGGGGCCAGCGGCGUGGGCAAGACCGCUCUGGUGGUCCGGUUCCUCACCAAACGGUUCAUUGGUGACUAUGAAAGAAAUGCAGGUAACCUCUAUACCAGACAAGUGCAAAUAGAAGGUGAAACCCUGGCUAUUCAAGUUCAAGACACUCCAGGUGUUCAGGUCCACGAGAACGGCCUGAGCUGCGGCGAACAGCUGAACAGAUGCAUUCGCUGGGCCGAUGCCGUGGUGAUCGUGUUCUCGGUCACCGACUACAAGAGCUACGAACUCAUCGGCCAGCUCCACCAGCACGUCCAGCAGCUGCACCUGGGCAGCCGGCUGCCAGUGGUGGUCGUGGCCAACAAAGCGGACCUGCUGCAUGUCAAGCAGGUGGACCCCCAGCUGGGACUGCAGCUGGCAGGCGUGCUGGGCUGCUCCUUCUACGAGGUGUCCGUCAGCGAGAACUACAACGACGUCUACAACGCCUUCCACGUGCUGUGCAAGGAAGUGAGUCACAAACAGCAGCCCAGCAGCACACCAGAGAAGCGACGCACCUCCCUCAUCCCCCGGCCCAAGUCCCCCAACAUGCAGGACCUGAAGAGGAGGUUCAAGCAAGCCCUCUCGGCCAAAGUGAGGACAGUCACCUCCGUCUGAAGUGGGGCCGUCCGCGGGGGUUUGGUCUUCCCUGGAAGGGGGUCCGAGGUUCUUCCGGGGCAGGAACGUUGAAUGCUGGCAGGAGUUCGUGGUUCCAGAAAGGGCCGGAGCCGAGGGGCCAGGAGGGCCCGUGGAACUGCUUCAGAAAAGCCGCGUUCUGAGCAGGGGACGGAACCGCGGAGGCUUGAGAGCGAGCCCGCUGAGCCGCUUUAGACCGUGACCCGGACUGGGUGUCUUUUCCUUCCGAGAUGGGGAGGGCGGCAGAAUCACUUUGGAGUUUGUUUCUGACCUUGUAAAUGACAGUCAGUGGUAGUUUCAGCGGUGGACUGGGUGUGUUGGCCGGCGGGAAUGAAAGAACAGAUUCAGCACUCAAAGGCUGUCCCCCUUCUUCUCUUUCUUUCUUUUCCCUUUUCUCCCCCACCCCACGCCCCAAGAAGAAGAACUGCUUUUUCUCUUACACAUCUGAUUUGCAUCUCCGGAACACCGGUCAUGACAGAAUGCCUUUCUCACCUGAAGGAUACCUAGCUUUCUUUAAGGAACAAGGAGGAAAUUUCUCUCGCCCCCUUACCCCCCAAAAGGGUGGGGUUUAUGGGCCAGAUGUGAUGUAGACAGACGGACAUCUGUAAGCUUCUAGUGCCCACAGGAAGGUGCGGCAUCCUUCCUGACCCGGAUGGUUAUGUUUAGUCCAGCACGUGUUAAAUGGUUGACGUCUCAAACCCUUGAGCCCCAGCCUUUGGGUAAUUGUGAGAGAGUAUCAUUUUUCUUUAACUCUUGCAUCAGGUACAAGAAAAAAAGAAAAAGCCGUGUUCAUUGACUUUGGUGUGAUUUGUGUAAAAGGCUCACAGCGAUGACAUUGGGUCGUUUCCUAGGCCUGGCCGAGUCGUGGCUUAAAUACGAAAACACGGUCCUACAGCGAGUGAACAGAUAGAGGGGCCACCACCAAAUCCCCGACAAUGCACUUUAAAAAGCCACUCGUGAUUUGGCUUAAACUGUAAUUAAUUUAUUUUAUGUACAAUAAACCUCAUUUUAAAAGA